AAUGCCUUUUUCUCAGAGCCUGGUUCCACUGGGUACUUGGAAGCCUGGAAAGCACAGCGUGAACUUUCUGCUGCUGAUGGAGGACCCCGAAAAGAAACUGGAUCAGAAGAGCGAAGACAAACCUAGAAAAGUUCGGUUUAAAAUCUCCUCUUCCUACAGUGGCCGUGUGCUGAAGCAGGUUUUUGAGGAUGGGCAGGAAUUAGAGUCGCCCAAGGAGGAAUACCCUCACAGCUUUCUCCAGGAAGCCCUUGAACCAAUGGACGGUGUCUAUGGGUCUGGAGAAGCCCCCAAGCCCCAGCUGUACUCCCCCAAGCUGACUGCUCAGAGGAUCAGCGUGUUUAGAGACGGCAGUGCCUACACUUUGGCGGGCAGCCAGCCACUAUUCAAUGACUACAAGGCGAAUGACCGUAAGCCUCCACCUAUUAUAGACUUUGGGAACAUAAUAAUAUACACAAACAACCUGAAAAUCAUCAGAACCCCGAUGGACAAAAGGGACCUCAUGGGAAAAAGCCUCCAAAAGGAAGACAUUGCGGAGGAAGACUCUCUAAGGAGAACAGGAGAAAAUGACGGCGGCGGAGAGCACAACGGCAGCCCCCUGCCGGAGACUGAGCGCACGUUUCUCCACAAUCAACACACACAGGAUAGGCUGGUCCCUGAUGACAAUUGUCUCCACUGCCAGGGGUCCGGCAUCGCCACCUGUUCUCUGUGCCAUGGCAGCAAGUUCUCAAUGCUGGCUAACAGAUUCAAAGAGUCCUACAGAGCCCUCAGGUGCCCUGCCUGCAACGAGAAUGGCCUUCAACCUUGCCGGAUUUGCAGCUCAUAGACCGUAGCCCUGGUUUUCACAUCUGCCUUUAUUGCAAGCUCUCACAUGAUCCUCCUAACAAACCAUCCCCCUUCCUCCUGCCUGUCUCAGAAAGGGAGCCUGCUGCAGCUGCAAUCACUUCUACCACUAGCACCAAAUCUCAAAUUAUUUGAUGACAGUUUGUGAAGCUGGUAACAUCUCUCUACAUGGGUCUAAGUAACAGGGGCACAUUUGAAUUCAACUCUGCUUUGAACUGGUUCUAAAAUUAUCCUUCCAGGAACAUGUGCAUGCAUCUCACUUGAUUUAGCCCAGUCUUCCCCUUGCACCAGUGAACAAAUAAAUAAAAUGUACACCUCAGGCAGCAGGUUGAAGUCAUUUUCCGUGCUGGAAGUUAUUUUGCAAAAUUAUGUGGUGAGAAAGGAAUAAAGA